CCAGGAUGCCAGGGAUGCCAGGGAUGCCAACGAGCCACCGACACUGAGGUCCGGCAGUCAGGGAUGCCAGUCUCGUCCCAGUGCUCAAAAAAGUCCUGUUACUGUACAGAAAGAAGUCUGAGGAAUUGGUUGCGUCCCAAGACUCGUACUGUUGCGGAUCAGAAACACCCAACCGACCGUCUCAUCCUCACUCCUGUUUCUAAAGCCUAAGCGACUCUUUGUCCUCUGCAGCCCGGUUGAACCCUGUCAAGUUGCAUGACCCAUUGGCUCUGGCGAGCCGCUACUUGCUGCACCUGUCAACUCCCUCGCACGAGACUGCCGACCGCAGUGCGGACUCGCCCCUUCGUCGACAUAUCCGAGAACCUCGUUUUGAGUCAACUUUCGCAACAAGGCACACCGUUGAUGCCUGUGGUUGACGACAGCAUCGCCCUCGCUGUACGCCUGAGUGACUCCCUCCCGCGACGACUCCCCCAUUUCACUCCCGACCCCUGCGAUCCCCUCAAGUGUUACUAGGCAUCUACACCCUUCUCGCGAAGCUAUUCAAUCUGGAGCCCUCCUGCGCGCUUCCUUCAUCAUAGAGGCGCAAUAUUCAAGUUGGCAGAAACAUAAAAGAGACGACAACACACGCUAUGGCUGGUUGAUCAUCGCCAUGUUCUGGUCCGAAGUGGAACCCAGAAUCCAGGGCACUUCAAAGCAGGAUAUCGCCUUGUGCGCAAACGAGCUCGCAUAAGAUACUGGAAUAUCUGUUGAAAGGGAACUACGCCUGCGUUUAAAGAACCAUUUCGCUGUACAAGUCGGGGUGCUGAUCGAACACCAUACCCAGGUCGCUUUGGUUUCAAUCUCGACCAACUGUGCAGCUUAUCCACCACCCUUUGAUUCGCCCCGACACCUGGUGCUGCAGGUACAAGUUGCAUCCAUUCUGAUUAACGGCAGAGCUGCAGACCGUUGAAGAUUACGUUUGCAGCUGCAGUGUAGCCCAUUCGACGUCGCCGAUCGAAGCCAGCCAUUGUUGAGUCCACGAUUGAUAUUGAUCUACAGCCUGCUCGACUAUCAUCAUCCCCAUAUAAGGCUGCUGUCGUAUAGUCGACUCGCUGCUAAAGAUAAUGAGCUCAACCGCGGCUCCUGCCACAUACUACAGGAGACAUUCACGUUCUGACUCAACAUCUUCCUCCUCUCACCCGAUCAAAAAGGCUGCCUCUAUUUCAAUCAGACCUAGCAGGAAUGCCCAAUUGAAGGGUGGCUCAAGCAGUCCCGAUCGCGUAUCACCCAAUACAUACUUUUACGACCGAAGUCGAUCCGACAGCAGACCAGAGAAUCGCCUCGACUCGAAGUCGCUUGGUUCUAAUCUCAAUAUCAACCGUUGGUCACAUUCGACCUCAAGUAGUGUAUCCGCACUCGACACCGAAACUUCUCGAGUCAAGGCGAACACUUCACGACGGAGGAGCAUAGAGCCGUCGCUGAUGUCGUCGAUCGCGGCAGCAGGAAGGCUUGAACCUCCACAACCGUCGAUGAGAUCUUACAGCCAAAGUCCCCACCGAAGCCAGGACCAAGGUCACCUUCAGGUGGACCGCGGUUAUGGCUCGCGAGGUGGGAAUUCCGGGGGUGCAUCUCCGCUGACACCUACGUCCAUGUUCAAUACCAGUUCGAGUGAAUACUUCGGAGAGACGUGGCAGAAAAGAAAUGCAAAAACGGGAGAUCCCGUGACAAUGUCCGUUCAUUACAUGAAGGCAGGUAACACGGGCAAUAGGCCCACGGAGAAUAUUGCCUCGCAGUACAUGGCGCAGCCUCCACGACUGGGUACGCAAGAAAGAAAGCUUGAGGCCAUCGUCCAAGAUGAUCAGAACGAGGCAACGCAAGACAGCGUACCGGCGCGAGGAAGAAGCCAUCGAAGUCCUACGCAGAAAACCAUGCUGUCCAAGGCACUGGCAAAAGCCAACACCGCAGUCCUUCUGGACAAUGCCCAGAAUAUUGAAGGUGCCAUAGAAGCGUAUGACGAGGCGUGUGAGCUCCUGCAGCAAGUGCUCGUCCGAAGCUCCGAUUUGGACGACAGGAAGAAAUUGUCAAAUAUCCGGAGCACUUACUCGAACCGGAUAGCAGAAUUGCAUGAUCUGGAUAGCUCUUUCUCUGGGCUGAUUGAGAAGGCGCUCCCAGAGGAUCCCCCAUUCGACGAGAAUGGCCAGUCUUUCUUCGCAAGUGAUGGCCCCGAGCCAGACACAACAGGUGUAUUAGAAUCGGUCAAGAUCCCUCCUCGAGGGGAGUCAUUAUUGCCCGAGAUUUUUGGAGGGGAGACCUUUCUCAAUGAAUCGUCUCGAAAAAGGCUCCAGAUCCCCAGUCUGACCAUUCCCAUGGAUACACAGUACAUGCCCCCUCCGCUGUCUCCCCGGAGAGCUCCUUCCGUGUCUUCCGAUAGAGACACAGAUACUCCGUUGGCGACUUCGAGAACAGACGAUGUGGUGAACAAUAUUCUCCACGCACGAGAAGGUAGCACCGAGUCAACGUCCUGGCUGGACACUUUUGAAGACGGCGAGACCUCAUCGAGGUCUUCUCGGUUGUCUUCUAUCGAUCUUGGACUCAACAAACAUCAGCGUCUCGCUGACGAGAUCGAGGCAGAAUUUGAUGCCGCCCUCAGUGCCGCUGUUGAUGCCGCCUAUGAUGAUGAAAUGCCCGAAGAUACGACACCCAGGCCUGAUAGACUAGCACAGGAGUCCUUCUCUACAACGCUGCCCCCACUUCAGUCGAUCUUCCAACCGUCGAAUCUGGGUAUAACGAGCGAGUACGACGAGGAGGAUUCGUCCGAUGAGGAAGAAAGGAUUCUCGAAGAGAUGACAAGAGGUUAUGUUUUCGACGAUUUCUCGUUUGACAACAAAUCCAAAUCUGCCCUGCCUCGACAAUCGGAUUCGAGCACGGUUUCCGGUCGUACUUGGGCCAGUUCGAUCCCGUCAACAACUGCAACCAAUGCUACAACGUUGAGUACACUCAAGGAAGCCUACGAACCUGCUUCUGAGCUGUCACCUCGGCCCACUCCUCCUGCGAAGGAUACCCCUCCGCUGACGAUGCCGCCGAGAACAGCACUUCCUCCCGCCCCUGUUCUACCAGCUCCUAAGCCAGCAAGCAGGCCACUGAGUGCCGAAAAACCGGGCGGACUUGGCAUUCGCGAGCGAAGGUUUUCAGGACGAACAGGUGAACAACUCAAGAUCGAGACGUUCGCCCGGCGCGGCUCCUCUGCUCAGCCACCGAAGCCGGGAGAUGUACCGACAACUGUUCAAGCAUCCUCGUCUGUGGCCCAGAAGAUACCUCACACCGCACCGUUAGAAGCCACCAACUCGCUUGGAGGAGAACCCCCACCACCGAUGACAACGAUGCCGUCAAUGGAAUCCUUCCAAAGCGAAUCGCCAUCGACUCCAGCCUUGACGCAGGGUGGCUCCCAAGGGAGUCUCGAGGAAUCCAUGAUCCCCCCAUCGCCUUCGAGACUGGGGAGGAUGGUAUCGCCGCAGGGUGGAAUCAAGAAAAACCAUUCAUCCACGAGUCUCAGGAUGAGAAAUCUGUCAAUAGCCACGACUGAAACAAACAAUGAGUCUCCCGUGACUCCAGGCAGUUCCGGUCCCAAUGGUGAAGGGAGGACAAUUCCACCGCCCCUGCCUUCCGCAGCAUUGCCAACCCCAUCCACUGCUGCAUUCGGGCCUAAUCUUCUCCAAUCCGGGGGCAUGUACCUCUUUGACGAUCACACCGGAGGUCCCACUUCUCCUGAACUUUCAAGAACUCCGAGUGCGUCUGUGACGCCGCCCCAGUCACUUGAGCCCUGUCCCGAGUCUUCACUACUGCGCCCAUUCUGGUUGAUGCGAUGUUUGUACCAGACUCUCGCUCACCCUCGGGGUGGAUAUCUGACGACAAAACUGUUCAUUUCUCGAGAUAUCUGGCGUGUCCGAAAUGUCAAGUUGAAAGCUAUCGAGGACAAGGUCUCGCAAUGUGAUCUAUUAACUGCGGCGCUCCUGAAACUCACCAAGGUGGACACAUUCGAUGCGGACGCGAUGCUGGAAGAGCUGCAGUCUUUCGAGACCGUCUUGGAUCAAGUGCGGAUCACACUGCUGAAGAAGAUUGGCAGUGAUGUUGGAUUUGGGGGAUCCACCGGCAUGUUCAAAGGUGGAAAGGAAGAACAGGAAGGCAAGUCCGGCAAUGCUGCUACCAAGACAUUUGCCUCGAGCUGGCGGAAACUUCGAUCCAAGUCAAGUACGCCGGCCAUGGGGUCGAAUGGAUCAAAAGAUGUAUCUACGCCAGGCUUGACCAUGGCGACCCUGCCAAUGACUUCGUCCAGUUCGGUUCACUCUUCUCGUUCACACCACAAUCGGAAGAUCGUGCCGCCACCCACCCCGUCUGCCUUGUCCAGUAUCCAGCCCAGUCAUGCAAUGUACAUGUCGAGUCUCGCGCGUCUUUUUGACGCAGCACAGGUUCUGGAUGGGAUCGCAAGACAGGUGGAAGACCCGGGCCUGAAAUGCAGCAACAAGACCCAAGUCGGGUUGGAGCUAGGAGUGAAGAACGCGGCCGAGUUCUUCGCCUUCUACGUUAUUCGUUUUGUGAUGGCAGAUUUAAUGUUGAUGGUUGACAAGUUUGUCAAAAGAGGGACAGAGUGGGUGAUGACUUGAACCUGAUGUCUCGAUCCGUGUCGAUACGGGGUUCAGGUCCAUGUAUUCUGCCGCGGGCCGAAUUUCGUACAUACUGCACGCCCCAUUUCGCAGCGCCUUUUUUGCAUUCCUGUGGCGUUUUCUCCUACAUUUUUGAUCUGAUGUCUUUUAUGAUACCAAUUACUAGCCGUCGCUAUCGUUUUUGUAUUGGGUUCAGUCCGGGAACCCAAGGGCCGGUUGAUUUUCGCUGUGCAGGGUUUUUGAAGCGGGAAAAAGAUACAGUCGCUUACUAGGUUCCAAGUAUGAUGUAUAUAGAAAUAGUGGGUUACGAAGUAGCAUGUCGAGCAGAGGGUGCGAUCUGUUUGUGAAAGGUAACUUGAGAUGAUCUA